GCUGACUUCUUUCUAUAUCCUGUAAUCGCGAAGGUACCUGUGGUGGACACGUUGAACUAUCCAGAUACAAACAGCAACGUUUUCAACACCGAGUGCUGGACUGGAAUCGAGCUCACGCUCCGGAAAUGGGCCAGCCAUGGCGUUCAGUGCCACUUCUCUGCCUGUUUUGUUUCAUUAUAUGGUGUGUGUUUGAAGCUGGAGCCAAAGCAGACCACUCUGUAUCCCUCCAAAGGCACAGGAGAGAAUGGAUCGUCCCUCCACAAAUUUUGGAGGAGAAUGUAGACUACACUAAAAAGCCCUUUAUUGCCAGGAUUCGUUCAGACAAGACGAAUGACAGUAAUGCAGUAAUAAGAUAUUCCUUAAAGGGCAUCGGUGCAGACAUGCCACCCUAUAACUUGUUCAUUGUGGACCCUUCCAAUGGCAAUGUUAAAGUAACUGGGAUCCUAGACCGAGAGACCAUUUCCCAGUACAAUCUCUCUGGAAUUGCAACGUACGCUGAUGGCUCAGUGGCAGAGAAUGAUAUUCAGUUGAGAGUAAAGGUGAAAGAUCAGAAUGACAAUGCUCCCAUCUUCUUACCUGUGAGCACAGGAUCUGUGAAUGAGCUCAGCAAGAGAGGUACGACUGUAAUGAAAAUAACAGCAACAGAUGCUGAUGAACCUGGGAAUAUCAACUCUCAGAUCUUCUAUAAGAUUGUUGAUCAGAAGCCUCCAGGAAAGAUGUUUGAUAUCAAUCAGAAUGGAGAAGUGAUUGUUAUUAAUGAAAACUUGGACCGAGAGACAGUUGACCAGUAUGAACUUACUGUAAGCGCUUCAGACCUCAAUGGGGGUCAAGGUGGCAACACAGGGACAGCAACAUUCAAUAUUCAGAUCAAGGAUGUCAAUGAUAACGUCCCAGUACUGGAGCAGGACUCGUUUGAAGUCAGUGUUGAGGAGAACACAGAGAAUGUGGAGGUGAUGAGAUUGAAAGCCACUGAUCUGGACUUGCCAAACACUGAAAACUGGCAGGCUGUGUACACCAUUGUGUCAGGCAAUGGGGGUGGGCAUUUUAAUAUCAUCACUGAUCCAAAGACCAACGAGGGAGUCCUGAUGCUUGUCAAGGGUGUAGAUUAUGAGCAAGUAAAACUCAUGAAUCUGGGCAUCACUGUGAACAAUGCGGCUCCAUACUAUACAGCAGAUGGGUCCGGAGGAGGAGGCGGCAGCGGAGGAGCUACAGGAAUGUUGGGUGGUGGUGGUGGUGGAGGAGGCGGAGGAUCUGCAGGAAUGUCGGGUGGUGGUGGUGGUGGUAGUAAAGUCUACACUAUGAAUGUUAAGGUAAAGAAUCAGCCUGAAGGCCCAACCUUCAUUCCCAAAGUGAAGGCAGUUCCAGUUUCUGAAAAUGGAAAGAUGGUUGAUAUAACAAAGGUCCUCACAACAUACACCGCUAUCGAUCCAGAUACAGGAUUACCUGCUCAGCGAGUCAAAUAUGUUAAAGGCUCUGACCGAGACAACUGGCUAUCCAUUGAUGAGAAAACUGGUGAAAUCAAACUGAACAAAUUCCCAGAUCGAGAAUCUCCACACCUGGUCAAUGGGACUUACAUGGCAGAAAUCCUCUGUAUUAGUCAAGACAUGCCCUCUAAGACAGCGACAGGCACUGUCGCCAUCCAGGUGGAGGACUUUAAUGACCACUGCCCUACUCUACCUGAUCCCAAACAGACUAUGUGCACCACUCAGGAAGUUUUGUAUGUCACUGCAGAGGACAAAGAUGAUUUUCCAAAUGCAGGUCCCUUCACAUUCACUGUCCUGCCUGAAGGGACAGAUGGAAAAUGGAGUGUGGAGCACUUAAAUGAUACGACAGCCAUGUUGAAGCCCCAAGAUGCACCUUGGCCAGGCCUUCUUCAGGUGACUCUGGAAGUUCGCGAUCAGCAGGGGAUGUCGUGUCCAGAUAAGCAGGUGCUAAAGGUGACUGUCUGCACAUGUGAUAAAUCAGCAACAUGUGGCCCCACUGCGGUUCAAGGAAAGAGCUCGGAACUUGGCAGUGCCGGAAUUGGUUUGCUUAUCCUGGGGCUCCUCAUGCUAUUACUUAUUCCACUCCUACUGCUGUUCUGUCAGUGUGGAGCGGCUGCCAUGAGCGGACCCUUCACUGAGAUGCCUUUUGACACUAAAGAGCAUCUGAUUUCCUACCAUACAGAAGGUCAGGGAGAAGACCGGGAUGUGCCCUUCUUCCUGAGUGAAACUGAUGGUCCUGGAAUGAUGCCAGGUGGCUUUGGGGCCUUCAACGGUGCAGCCAAGGGAGCUGCUGCCCUUGGAGGUGCUGGUUACAUCAUCAACGGAGGUCAAGCCAGUAGUCAGAUGGAAAUGAUGUCUAUGGAUCAGGGAAUGAGCGGACAUCUUGGGAUGAUGAGGGAUGAGUUUUCCACAUACGACAGUGGACUGGGCCUUUCAGAAGACUUCUUCGACCAUUACUACUCACAUAAAACUCAGGACUUGUGCACCACAGCCGAAGAGAAUUUACUGCCAUUUAGUUUAGAAGGUCAGGGAUCACCUGCUGGCUCUAUCGGUUGCUGCAGCAUCCUAGGAGCUGACAAUGAUCUGGAGUUCCUUAAUGACUUGGGGCCAAAGUUCACUACUCUAGCUGAGAUAUGUGGUAGAGGCACAGAGUUCACAAUGGCUGCUACCUCCCUUCCUCCUCCAAAACCCAUCAUGGAUCACUCUGAAUCAGUUUCCACGCACACCAAUAUUGCCAACACUGUCAACAUGGCCACCGAAGUUGCAGCACCCUCUACCAUGCACAGGGAGGAGAAUGUGGUAGUUAAAAACACCCAUGUAGUGUCUGACGUGCAGCCAGCCCAGACUCUGAUCGAUGUGCCCACCCAGACCCUGAUGGUGCAGCAGCAGCCAAUGUACUACAUGGUGGAGCCUCAGGUUUCUAACACUGUGCUGUUGGCUGAGAGGCCCACCGUGGGAAUGACCCAGGGGAUGUAUGUGCUGAAUGGAGCUCCAGUGAACGAAAGAGUCCUGGUCCAGGGUGCUGUGCCAGCACAAGGCACAAUUGGUGGAGGAGACAGAGUGUUGUUGUUGGAAACACAUGGAGGAUCUACCACGGCACUGAACGCAGGCUUGCUCCAGUCAGCUCAUUUGUCAGGUUCACAGCUUUUGCUUGUUGAUACAGGUGCACAAGGUGGCCAGAUCCUCCAAGGAACACUGCCGAGAGGGAGCCUCUCUGGAUCUCAAGGCAUAGUGUUUGUGGAAGGGCAAGGAGGGUCUGCAAUUCAUGGAUCCCUCCAAAGAAGUGUUCCUGUGGCCGGAGGCUCUCAAAGUAUGCAGUAUGUAGUGGGGAGGCAGGGAGGGACUUCAGGAAUCACUCAUGGAUCUCUGCAGGGGGCAGUAACAUCCACUGCCAUGUCCCAGAAUGGGACUAUUGGAUUGAACACAAGCACUGUACAUGGACUUCCCAGCUCACGGAAGAUUGUUGUCAAAGAGAAGAAGGUUGUGAAAACCAACCUGUAAAAUUGAUGCAUUUUCCUCACACUGAACACAACACCAGUAGGCUGAGGUAAUGUCCUCAAUGCUUUUACUCAUAAAAUACAAGCAUUUUGACAUACAAAGGUUCUUGUAUUCAUUAGUGCAUACACUGUACUUUUUUUAAUUUCAAGUUGUUUUUGGUUUACUGUUUCUUUGGUAUUACUAAGCAAUUAAAAGUCAUAUCACAAGUAACACUACUUUAAAGGUUACACACUAGGUCAACUAUGCAAAUUUGGGGUUUCAACCUGUAAAAAUUUUUUUUUUUUUAUUCUGCAUAGUCAGAGCAUAUUUCACCAAGGAAACUUAGAAUUAUUAAAAACAAAAGGGGAAAAAAUGGAUUUCCAUACUUUAAGUAACAGCAGACUGACCCUCCAUUCUAUGCAUAUUUUAAAAUGAGAAACUAAUCAAAAUGCAGAACAAAAUAAAAGUACAAAAGACUGUUGAGCAGUGUAAGCUUAAUUUAGAAAUGAACAUGUCAUUUUAUCAUGGAGGUUGGAAAAAAUGUGUACUACAUUUUGGAAUGUUUUCAAAAAUGUUUUUCCAAGCUUAUGAUAAUGUUAGUAGUAUUUGUAUCUUCUUUUUUCUGAUAUGAAUUAAUGUAUCCUUACAACUCCUUUUAUCUAAUGGGCAUCCAUGUGUACUUUGUCAUGUUUUCACAAGAGAUGAAGAAACAAUGGACACUGAAUUAAUAUGGGACACUCAAAUGUAAUGUCAUGUUGAGGUCAAAGAAUAGUUGAUGUUUAAAGGGGAAACUUAACUCAGAAAUGGGACUACUUUGUUUUAUUUCUUUUUUUAUAGAUAGAUUUUCAAGACUUGCAUAAGUGAAAUGAAUGUGCUUCACAAUAAACUGCCAUUUACAAUCAAAGAAAUAUCUAGCUUUGAUCUGUGGGGUUAAACUGGAACCAUAUUGAUUUAUCUCUUAUUGUAGAUUUUAAUACAAUAAAAUGACACACAACCAA